UUGCUUUAAUCUACAGAAAAACAUUUAACUUCUCUCCACUCUCACAUUUAGGGUUAAAAAAUUGUAGUAGUCUGUGCCCUGCUCAAUCUUUUACUUCUCAGGCAACGAAGCCCCUGUGACCAACCAGCACUUCGACGGAGCCCUUGCAGGUGGGGAUGGCGAUGAACGAGAGUAGACGAGUGGUUGGAGGCAGCGUCGGACCUUGGGGAAGCAUGGGCGGUUAGCGACUCCGAUGGAGCAUAGGGCGACGAAGGUUAGAGCUCAAGGGAAAAUAAUUAUGAAAAAGUACCAUUUUGUUUGGUUUUUGAGAAGAGAAAAAGGGUGAGCAUUAUCACUACAAGAAGUGCCAAGGUUCCAGGUAUUUACCGACCACAUGCAUCAAAUGUGCAAGCACCUAGAAGGCAAACUAAAUUUAAGACUUUGUGUUUCCUUCUUCCGAAGUUGUGUUUGGGCUUUCAGCUAGUCAAAAUCCAAAGCAAACCAAUAAACCACAUUCUUUAUGGAUCUUGAUUUUGCAGCCAUAUUGUGUCGAUAAUCAUGCGAUAUUCACCAGAGAGUUUGCUGCAACUCCUCCAACGCUUCCCUAAACACCAAAACCAAGUUCAACAAAUUCACUCUCUCCUUAUCAUAAAUGGUCAUCUUCUUCUCUCUAAAACUAACCAUCACUAUAAUUCAAAAUGGAAAAGCACUCUUCUUUACAAUGCUUUGAUCAGAGCCCAUUUGAGUUUUGGACAAACUCACAAGUCCUUGAUCCUCUUCACCCAAAUGCUUUCCCACCAAACUCAACCCAACAGCCACACUUUCCCUUCACUUGUCAAAGCUGCUGCUUUAUGUUCCUUGCCUUGUAUGGGAAAAGCACUCCAUGCCCAAGCUUCCAAGCAAGGCAUUCUUCAAGACCCAUUUGUACAGACAUCGUUUGUGAGUUUUUAUGCAGGGUACGGUGAACUAAGUGAUGCCUGCAAGGUGUUUGGGGAGAUGUCUGAACCGUGUAUUGUUGGGUGCAAUGCGAUGAUUGAUGCUUUUUGCAAGAAUGGGGAUAUGGAUUCUGCUAUUUUCCUCUUUGAACGCAUGCCUGAACGAGAUGUGGUUUCGUGGACGAGUGUUGUUAAUGGGUUUCGAAUUAAUCAGCAGUUUAACAAGGCAAUUCAAUUUUUUAAGAAGAUGAUUAAUUGUUCGGUGAAACCAAAUGAAGCUACAUAUGUUAGUUUGUUCUCUUCAUGCUCUACCUUGAAUGGUUGGGGAGCUCUUUAUCUGGGAAAGCAAAUACAUGGUCAUGUAAUUAGGAAUGAGGUUCAAUUGUCUGUGUACAUGGGAACUGCACUGAUAGAUUUUUAUGGCAAGAGUGGUUUACUUAAUGCUGCAACUAAUAUGUUUGAUCAAAUGACAGUUAAGAAGAUUUGCACUUGGAAUGCAAUGAUUUCUGCUCUUUCUUCCAAUGGUCAAGCGAUAAAAGCUUUGGACUUGUUUGAAAAUUUGAAGAAGGAAGGAUUGAAACCGAAUUGUGUAACUUUUGUUACAAUUCUUACAGCCUGUGGUCGAGGUAAAUUUGUGGAGUAUGGUUUGAAGUUGUUUAGAUCAAUGUCACAUGACUUUGGAGUUGAGCCAGUUAUGGAACAUUAUGGAUGCGUUACUGAUCUCUUGGGAAAAGCAGGACUUUUGAGGGAGGCAACUAUGUUUGUAAAGAGUAUGCCUUUUGAACCAGAUGCUUCUGUUUUGGGGGCUCUUUUUGGAGCUUAUACUAUCCAUGGAAUCAGUGAGUUGGAAAAUGAAGUACAAAAAGAAUUGCUUGGUAUGCAGCCACAACAUUCUGAACCAUACAUAAAUUUGUCAAAUAUAAAUGCCAAUAUGCAGAAAUGGGAUCAUGCUGCUGGUUUUAGAAAAAUGAUGUUACAUGCUUGCAUACAGAAAGUGCCAGCAUUUAGUGUGAUUGCUUGAAAAUUAUUUUCUUUUAGUUAGAUUGUGUAAAGUAUGUAAAGAGGUUUUAUCCAUGAAAAUUAAGUACUUGGGAAUUUGCAUAUUUUCCUAGAUUUAUCUCAAUGAAGAGGGUCCAAAUUGACCAAUUCAUGCACAAA